AUGGCUGUAUGGAAAUCUCCAAAACCGUCGAGAGGUACCCAUGUAGAAUUUAUCCUUUCCGACCGAGAUGUUCCGAAAGAAUGGGGCGCUUUCGUCAAAAGUAAAGAUGGAAAUACCCUUAGCCUCGUUGUGAACACUCCGCCGUCAUGCGCAGUUGGAAAGUGGCAGCUAAAAAUAGAUGUUGUAAAACGGUCAGAAAAUAAUGUUGAUGUUUUCAGAUACACGCAUGCUACGCCGAUUUAUAUUCUUUUCAACCCGUGGUGUAAAGAUGAUCUUGUAUAUAUGUAUGAAGAAAAUCUUCUUGGGGAAUAUAUCCUAAAUGACACUGGCAAAAUUUACUCUGGUAACUACAAGAUGAUUUCGCCUAAACCAUGGGUUUUUGGCCAGUUUGAAGGCGAUGUGUUAGAUUGUGUGAUGUAUUUACUCGACAAAUCCAAUCUCUCUGAUAGCUCUAGAGGUGAUCCCAUUGCGAUCGUUAGAAUGGUUUCAAAACUGGUAAAUGCUCCGGACGACGGCGGUGUUCUUGUUGGGAACUGGAGUGGAGACUACGAGGGUGGUACUUCGCCACUGAAAUGGAGCGGGAGUGUGGCCAUUCUGGACCAGUACUACAAAACAAGAAGCCCUGUACAGUAUGGACAAUGCUGGGUGUUUUCUGGAGUUGUAACAACUGUAUGUAGGGCUCUGGGUAUACCUGCUAGAAGUGUGACAAAUUUUGCGUCUGCACAUGAUACUGAUGGCAGCAUCACUAUAGACUGUCACUUCGAUCAUAAAGGAAAACCUCUCGAGUGCCAUGAUGACGAUUCAGUUUGGAACUUCCAUGUUUGGAACGACGUGUGGCUUGCCCGGCCAGAUCUGCCACCGGGAUACGGAGGAUGGCAAGCAAUCGAUGCCACACCACAAGAAACAAGCGAGGGUGUAUAUUGCAUGGGACCGAUGUCGCUCUUGGCUGUCAAACGGGGAGAAGUAUUCUAUCCUUAUGACGGACGUUUCCUCUUUGCCGAAGUCAACGCUGAUAAGGUUUACUGGCAAAUGGACGCUAAUGGCAAAAUGAACCAGGUUUAUGUCCAGAAAUACGGCGUUGGUCGAUUUAUCAGUACCAAACGAGCGUAUGGUCGUGCCACUUGGCGGGAGAUAUCUGCUGGAUUAGACCCAGACAGAGAGGAUAUAACAGAACAGUAUAAGUUCAAGGAGGGUACGGACGAGGAAAGAACUGCUGUACAGCGUGCCAAUCUCGUUUCCUCAAGAAAAGUGGUAUAUGAAACAGUAGCUGAGGACGUAGAGUUUGAACUGUGUGCCAACCCGGAUACGUUCAUGGGAGAUACGGUAAAGUUUUGUCUGAAAUUGAAAAAUACGAGUGAUAGCACGAGAACUGUAAACGGAACUCUCAUGCUAGCAAGCACAUACUACACUGGCGUCUUGCAUAAAAAGGUCAGAGAACAAGAUAUUGACAAGACAGUCCUUCAGCCUAAAGAGGACAAGUGUAUAGACGUGGAAGUUGACGUGAACGAUUACCUUGACAAAUUGACAGACCACUGCAUGUGUAAGAUAUCGUGUAUGUGCUUUGUGGAUGAAACAAAGCAGACGUUUGCUGAAAUGGAAGAACUUAGACUUCGCAAACCACAUCUUACUAUCAAGGCACCGGAGACGGGAGUUGUUAAAAAGAAAUUCGAAGUCGAAGUUUCAUUUGAAAAUCCUCUGCCUGUUACUUUAACAAAAUGUGAACUGCGUGUUGACGGACCUGGUGUUCAAAGGCCCGUUAUAUACAGCCAAAGAAAUGUUGAUGCCAAGGCGACAUAUACCGGAAAAUUCGAAAUGUGUCCAGAAAAACAAGGAAAACGGGAGAUAAUCGUGUAUUUUAACUGUACACAAAUUGAAUCAGUGAAUGUCUCCCAUUGGAUAAAUAUCAACGGAUCAGAGUAGGAGAUGCAGAUAGAACAGAAAAAUGUUUAUAAACGCAACGUAUCAACACAAGUGCUUUCAUACAGAUAGAUAGCUUUUUUAAACAAAGGGGUGCAACCCAUGAGUUUAUGUCAUACACAAUAAACAAUACGUAUACAAGUUUUUGUCCUUUGUCUAUAUAUAUACUGUAUAUAAACAGAAAAUCGAAUUACUCUUCUACAACAUUCGUAAACAGAAUGCAUUUCCUUUCAUUUCUAUAAAGUUUCUAUUGCUUAUUUAUGCGCUGACAAUCUUUAUGUUAGGAGCUUGUAUUGUACAUUUACAGUUACGUCUUUUUUUAAUGAUUUUAAAGGCAUUUUGAUAAUUUUAAACAUUUAAGGAUAAUCAUCUGUCCAAAAUCCUUAUCAAUGACUUGAUACGCAGGACUAUCCCCACGAGGGGCUACAUGGAAAUUAAGUUUGAAGUUCCAGAAAAGCUUAAACAGCAUGCAUAAAAAAAUGAUCAUUUUAAUUCUUUAGCAUUAUACUUGGUUUUAAAUGUUAGUUUUUUAAUUGUUUUUCAUAAUCUAAAAUUUUAGGUACUAUCUCUAUAUACAAUUGUUUUCGUUUACUUUGCCUACACGGAUCAUUUCACACAACGCAAUGUGCACUUGGUGUCGGAAAGCAAUUCCAGCUUAAUUUAAAUCAUUGUCUAAUUUUUCUUAAACACCUGAAUUACACAAACAGCAUAUUUACUUUUAAUUAGUUCAUUUAAACUUAUGAGAAUCCCUACAUUAUGACAGUUCAUAAAAUUAUGUGGUUUAUACGAAACGAUCACCUUGCAACAUUUUUUUUUCGUUCAACUUUAUAGCUUUUUGUGAAUUCUUCAAAUGUAUUAUCAUAUAUUUUAGUUUAGAAUAUGUGUGUCUAGUUGCUAGAAUUCAUAUAUUUAUUGUUAGUUAAUUGGUUUUCAAAUAGUUUAGUUUCAAAUAGUUUAGUACAUGUGUGUCUAGUUGCUAGAAUGCAUAUAUUUACUGUUAGUUAAUUGGUUUUCAAAUAGUUAAAUUUCAAAUGGUUCAGUAGGUAUAUCAAUUGAAUUAAAAAUGUAUAUAUAUAUUCACUUGCUAUACUCCUAUAGACUUUUUAUAUAUGCCGAAUGAAACAUAACAUACACAUCAGUACUUAAGCUUGUGCAAGUGUAUAUAGUAGGUAUACAAUUUUCAUUCACUUUAAUUUAUACUGGGUGAGGCAUAUUUGAAUUCGAAGCUGAAGGUACAACAGUCUACAAUUUUAUGUAUUAUUCUUACAACCCAAUUUUAUGUAGUAUUUCUCGUAACAAAUAGCUUAUAUGUUUCUCGCCGAGGAAAAAUACAAUGCCUCAUGUAAUGCAAUUAAAAAACAUGACUUUAAAUAU